AGAAUGCUUAGCUCAAGACAGAAUUCAGUUGUAAAGAGCUGUUCUUCACAAAGCCUACAGAAGACACCUGAUAUCAGUCCACAACAAUUUAUACCUGCGAUGGGGCUGGGCUUACACCCAAUUUAUGGUCAUCUUGCUCAUGCUCAUCCUGCACAAUCUCUAGCAUUUGGAGAAUGUUUCUCAUGGUAGCAUCUAAUGCCUGUGGCUGCUGUCUGAGAGAAAGCAGCGACGAGGGGAAGACACUGACCUCUGUUUGGCACUGCUCCUUGCUGCCGCCAUAUGAAGAAGGACGUGUUUGCUUCCCCUUCCUCCAUGAUUGUAAGUUUCCCGAGGCCUCGCCAGCCAUGCUAAACUGUCACAUAACAAGAACUCGGGACCCACUGAAUGGUGAGGCUAAAAGAGCAGUAACACAAACAAGCCUGAAACAUGUCCCUUGCUUGCCAGGUUGCGGGAGAAGAAAAGGAGAGAAGAGUUGUGGCCCUUCGGGGAUCCCAGACCUAGGAGCUCCCCAAGCCAGGGCUGUGAUUCCCUCUUUGGGAUCCUGUGGUUCCUGGCAUCUCCAAGAUUCCAGGUGCCACUGCAUUCCUUAGUGCCAGUUGUGGAAGCUGCUUGUGGUGUGCCUAGUCUGGCUGUAGCCUUGCAGAGAGCCAGCACCAGUGCCAGCACCUGGAGUUCCCGCCCCACUGCAGCAGUUGGUGUGUCUGACUGUGCACAGUGGCCAGACCCCACACUCGCUCACACACCCCUCACUGUUCCAUGCCUGACUCGCCCUUGGCAGGCAUGGGAUACACGCCCUUGGCAAGCAUGAGACCCAGACCAGUGGUAUGAGCCGAGUGCAGCCUACUGGCCAAGUGGGUGAAAUGAGCCCAGUGGGCCCAAGCAAAACUGGCAAAGGUGUCAUCGGCCACAGAGGUUUCCAGCCAGGAAAGGGACAUCCCAAAGAUCCCAUAACAAAAUCAAAUGUUAACACUUUAAUAACAUGUUCUCCACUGAUUUUACUUGACUAUAUUUUAUUUCUCUUUGGAUUCUAGUAAUAGUUGAUUACAUUUUGCUUUAUGUUAAAUGCCUUUGUCUUUUUCUACUUACUAGGUUAUAAACAUCUUGAGAGCAAGGACUAAAUCUUACUUAUCUUUAUUAAGAACUAACAAUGGAACACACAGAAAAUCCAUGGAUAUACUGUCAGACUGUCACCAAAUAUACAUUCAACAUUUUUCUUACUUGUGAGACUGAUUUUGAGAAAAUUUGCUAUCACAGAAUCACUAAACUUUAGAGCAGGUAAAGACUCCUGCAAUGAUUUUAUUUACCUGCUAUAUUUUACCAAUAAGAAAACUGAGGCAUAGAGAAGUUGAGACUUUCUACACACCAGUGCCUAGUCUUCAUGAUGCUUAUGCCCAAUCCUGAGUCAUUUCCUCUAUAUAAUGCUGCCUCAUUACAUUUCUGAAAGACGGAGAAGUUUCAUAACAACAAGAUGAAAGACUUUGGAAGUUUCCAGAGGCUAUCAGGCUAUCUUCUCAUAGACCCAUCAUUUGUCCAGCAGAAAGAGACUAAAAAGGCUUAUAAGAAUAUCAAGACCCCAAUGUUGUACUUAUGGUUUGACUUUAUAUCUCUGACGAAUUACAGAAUUUGAUUAUUAAAAAAAGUUUUUAAUAUCAAAUCUUGGUUUAUACUUAAUUUUUUUUGAUAUUUAUUAUAUAUCAGUUGACACUUCCCCCUCUCCACUCCAAACAAACAAAAACCCCAAAAUAAAAACUGUU